UGAGAACAGAACUCCAAUCCUGAGUCCUUCGUGAUGCUUUUCUUAUUCCUCAUUGGCUGAGGGGAUCGGCAACAAAAAGCAGAUGUGCUUGUAAAGUUUAUACUAAAUUCUCACUGCCCCCCCUUUUUUCUUUCAACACAGAAGAAGCAAAAGGAAACCCGAUUCUAAGGACUCUGCAGGUUGGAGCAGAUUGAUUAUCUGUUGCUUUUUGCUGACAUUCAGGAACUUAUUCUAAUGGGUAAAGAGUCACUCUUUGAAAGUGCAGAUAUUUUCAAAGAACACAGCGGGUGUGACCGAGAUUGCUAAAGGAGAUUACAAGCUAACUGGGUUGCAAGAGUCAGUGACUUGCUUGAGUAUACAAAUUUGCCACCCUGGAUCACACUGGAACACCCAGUAUUCUUCUACACCAUGAAGCUGUACCCUGGGACAUGUCCCGCACCCGUCUUUGCAAUCACAAUGCUGUUUCUGAUCAAACAGGUAAGAAAAUUUGCCAUUUUAGCAAUGAUACAUUUUAAAACAUGAAUGUUCCAUUGGGCUGACAUUUCUGCAUACGCAAAACAGUGCGGCAUGUUCACGAGCGGAGCUUAUUUCACGGUAUGUUGUGCAGCAUGUAACUUGUUGUUUUUAUAAGGCUUUGCAUGGCAAGUUCUUUACCUCUUCCCUGCCAGCUAUUGCUUUUCCUGUACAAUUGCAAUUGGAGACACUAUAUGUGUGAUUUCAGAUUUUCUACACCAGGCUUCAUUUAUUUCAGCACAGGUUUAUUUUUUAAAUGUUGUCCAUUUCCAACUUGUUCAUUUCACUUUUGCUAUCCUCCCCGCCCCCCUUCUACCAUCUAUACAUCUUGGGCUUCACAGAGGAGACAUGAGAAACAGUGUCUAUAAACAUAUCUUUUUGUGUCCACCGCUAAAACCUUCAUAGGUGCUCUAAAAACUUAUUAAAAGUCUGCUGUAUUCCAUAGCUUCAACAAAUACAUAGCAUCAGCAUAUGAGUGCGGAACAUUUAACUGUUGGCUUAUUUUACCACUUAAUCAGACCACUGUUCUCCCUCUAGAUGCACAUUUUCCCAUCCAUGUUACUGCUUAAGUGUCAUGCCUUAAACCACCUUCUGGAUAGCAGUAUCGUUCAGAUAACUUUGUGCCUCCAGUCUGCAAAUUUUGAAAAGCCAUAUUUUCAUCGAGAACCAAGUGAAUUCGUCACCCGUUGACUCAAAAGGCUAGAUUUCAAUCAGCUCUGUUGCCUUAUGAAAGAUUUUCAGCAUGGAUGAUGUCAUCACAAAACAUCUCUUGGUUUAUGCAAGGUGCUUUAAGAUACACAUGCACACACGCACACACACACACACACACACACAGACACACACACACACAGAGAGAGAGAGAGAGUUAUUCAACCUAGGAAGGAAAAUUAUUAUUGUUGAUUAGUGUUCCUAGGUAGGGGAGGACCAUCAUAUUUAUAUCAUUUGUUCUGUUGAGCUACCAGCUGAUUAGAAGCAACACAGACAACAGGCUUAACAUAGAGGCCAGUCCUGUGAGUCAUUGUCCUGGCAAAUGUGGCAUUUGUGAACUGAGACAGGGUGUAAUGGCUGCCAUGCCAAUCCAAGAUUACCUGUAGAUGCUCCCUGGUGUCACAAGUUAACCUAAGGUGUUUGUUCUGAUGCAGAAGCAUGGGCACUGCUACACAGGCAAAACAAGAGCCACGAUAACCAGACUUCCACAUAUUGACUGGAACAUCCACACAGUGGUUUAUAUACAAACUCCCCAUCCAGGGCCGGCUUCACCAUGAGGCAGAAUGAGGCAGCCGCCUUAGGUGGCAGAUGAUAGUGGCAGGAAAGUGGAUAGAGUUUGGCAUCACAUGAAGCCUCCACUGUAAGAGCCUCAUAAGCUAGUCUGCUGCCCACAGGUGCAGUGGAGGAUGCUCUCCCAUUGCUGCCCUUGUCAAAGUAAGAUUCAGCUGCCAGUCUGCUCAGCUUUUGUAUCUAGAAUGUUACGGUGGUGGGGAGUGUCAUGUGGUCCUUUGCCUCAGGCAGUAAAAUGUCAUGUGCAGGCCCCUGACCCCAACAUGGAUGUACCGGUAUGUCCUUCACAAUGCGAAAAUGGAGGGUAUGCACAGUAUGCUUAGAAACUGCACAUGUUUGAACAAAUAAAUUAUGAGCUGUGGGUGAAGACUGGGCAUGGCCAGCAAGCACAAUCCUUGAUCCCCCAUGCUCUGUGCAUAUAUUGCCCCUACUUUGACCACCUGCACAGGGCUAAUAAGUCUUCUCAAGUUUUAGUGGGCAGCUACCAAUGCCAACUAAAACAUAGAUGACACAGAAGCAAGUGAUUAGUAGUUGUCAGAAGAGUUAAUUCCUCCUCCUCCUCCUUUUAAAAAAGCAAUUUAUCCCCAGGUAAUAACACCUUCAUAUCAGUUGUGAAUUUGUGUUUUGUGCUCACAAGAGAACCCCUUGGCUGAAGUGGAUAGAUCUGGACUCAGAAAGCACUGAAUGACCCAAGCCAGACUCACCGCAAUAGAUGUACUCAUGUUAUAUGGGGAAGGGAGGACAACAAUAUGGGGAGGGAAAUGCCAGCCAGGACCCACAGCCUUUGGUUGCUGCUGUUGCAGCAUUGCCCCAUCACUUCGUGACACUUUUCCUCGUCCUUUUUUUUUUUUAAAGAAGUGUAGCUGGAGGCUGUGCUAGAGUACUCAUAUAGUGUGUGUGUGUGUGUGUGUGUGUGUGUGUGUGAUGCUCUGAGCAGCUAAGACCCCUGCAGCCUAGUUCUUCUGCCGUACAGGAAGAAGAACCUGACCACAUCUCUUGCAAGGGUACAGAAGAGCGCACUGCUUCUCAGGGUCAGGCCAGGGUUGCUCUAGUGCUAAGAAUAGCAUGAGCAGCAGUGCUAUUUACUUUUGUCGCCCAGAAAGGCCCCUUGAAUAUUCUGAAGUCACUAUUCUGGAUUGGGAUUCAAUCACACAGUGUUAAAUUGAGGUCAUGCAGAUUGUGCAGCAAACCUGCUUCGCGGGCGGAAAGUCAGACUCUUUGCAGCAAGGAAGGUGACAAGAAAAUGCAACGGAAAGUGUGGAGUGACACUUGCUUUGGUGCAACGUCAUCUGGCGUCCCAACAACCAAAUAGGGACGCAUGUUCAAUAAACAGUUCAUCUGGAAGCGUCCUACUUACUUGGUCUUCUCUGCCUUUGACCUCAAGAAAUCUUUACUGUGAAUCACAUUGAGACGGUUGUUUAGAAGGUGAUUCAUAAAUCAGUGAUGGUGGUGAUAGUCAUAAUCACAAUAAUUAAUAUAAGAGAAAUUGCUUCCUUGCCAGCAGGCUCCUUCUGCACCCCCAGGCUAUAGCACUAGACAUUUAACUGAAGCUUCAGAGCUGGGCCAUAGUCAGGACUGAAAAUAUUGCUGUAUGGAGGAUGGCUGGUGGAGAAACUAGCCUCUGUAGGCAGCAGAGCCAGAGGAACAAGAAGACGGAAGAGAAAAGGCUGCAUCUUAUUGCACAGAAAUCUUUUAAAAUGAGGUGAAUGGGUUCCCCCUCCCGUGAGAUUUUUGUAUCCCAUUCUUAUGGUGUGUGUUUUGUAAUACAGAAACCCUCUUGAAGCUGGCGUGGGGUUGCCAGAUUGUGAUGUGGAGAGCCCUCCUUUAUUUUGGAUUUGCUUCAGAAUUGGAAGACUAGGGCAGUAACCAUUUCCCCUUUAUCCCUGCUGUCAAGCCCCCUAUCUUUCUGCUGGGUGGUACAUAUGGAUGGAGCAGAAAUUUGAUGCCAUUCGCAUUUGUACUACCUGAUUUGCACUUUGGGGGGGGGCGAAUCGCUCUUCUCUGAAUUUUGCAAUGCAUUUCCCCAACCAAGUGAUGUGUACAAAACAGAUGUACUACGGUAUAAAAUGCACAAAAAUGCAAAGAUAACAAACAAACAUGUGCUGUGUUCAGAUAAAAAUUGCUUCACAAAAAUGUGUAUAUUGGGAGAAAGUGGCACUAAAAUGCUGGUGAAUUUUCAAAAGGGCUUUAUUUAAAAAAAGAAAAGAAAAAAGAAAAUCAGAAACUGAUGUGGAAAUGUGCAGAGCUGAACUUAAGUUUGGAAAAUGAGAGAAUGAGAAAUGGGCACGUUCUCCUAUCCCUCGUGGCACAUGUGGACAGGUGAGAGAAGCAGAUAGCAGCACCAAGGGAGGAAGGAGUAGAAUUCAGCAACACAUUUCAAAAGUAAAAAGGAGAAUCUCCAGGUUGCAACCUGGCAAGUAAGGACAUUUCUCUGUGUUAAAAAUAAAACAAAGGAAUACAGAGCAGCCAUGUUUUAAAAGGCAGGGAAAGCAAUUACUGGGGAAAAAUGUUUAGCACAGUGGUGGGGAAUCUCCAGAUGUUUCUGGACUACUUUAAAAAUGAAAUAUUAUAUUUAACAUAUAUUGAGUAUGAAGAAACUUAGGAUGAGUGAUAAAACUAUAUGUGGAUAAGGCUGUUACCCAUCAUUUUCCACCUAACCUUUUUUGACAAAUGAUUACCUAAACAUUCAAUUUAUAAAUUUACUCCAUCUAUAAAUACUUAAAUUUUAUAUAUUGAGCCACCAUUUAUGAAGAACUUCUCUAACAUUUUCUAAGUUUAAUAAUAAUAAUAAUAAUAAUAAUAAUAAUAAUAAUAAUAAUAUUAAUACCAUCUGGCUAAUAUUUAGUUGUUUAUCAGGUUUACUUUUCCAUUACUUUGUAUGCAGAAUCCUAGCCACUGCAAUGAUGUGUAAUGCCUGAUUUUGAUGUUCUGGUCUUAUGCAAGUCUUUUAAAUAAUUCCAUAGGCACAAAGGGGGGGGAGAGUCUAAUUGGACUUCAUAUUUGAAGGUCUCGGUGAGAACAGCACUACUAUUCACCAUAUCUGAAGGGCCAAGAGUUUCCCAGCCCUGGUUUGAAAUGUAAAAUGCAAGAGGGGAGAAGGUUAAGGAGCCUACCCCCUCCCCAAUACUUAGAACCUGAGAUAUGAGGCAAAAUGGCUAGAUGAUUGCCCAGUUUCAGCUAACCGGUUCUGCUAGUAGAAGCCCAUGCAAGGACUUAUGUUAGUACAACUGGGCUUUCCCCCCUCUCCUCACCCCCACACACCCCCAAAUUGGCUUAGGGGGGAGUGGGAGAAACUACAGAACAGCACAUUAGGGGAGGGGAGGUUGUUCCAUUAGCCAAGCAAAAAUGUUUGUGUUGACAGAGCAAUCUCCCUAGUGCUACAUCAAAUUAUCCCCACCAUUCUUCCAAUUAUUUGGAGGAAUUAACCUAUUCCUUGCGUUCAGUGGAAAAAUUCUUGCCAAUGCCCAUUUCCACUGAUGGGAUAGAGUUAAGGAACCUCUCCCUCCCCCCUCCCCACAGGAGGGCCUCUACAGCUGCAUUUUCCAAAAAAUUUAAUUGUUUGCACUUUGUGAACACCCACGCACAGGCACCGUCAUGGAGAACACUACACAUGGCCAAUGAACAUCCCAUGCAUCUUGACACUAAGCCCGAGGAGAUGAAGAGCACCUGUAGGCUCCCUCUUGAUUUGCUCUUUCAAGGCUGCUUGCUAUCCCCCUUGUUCAUUUGAAAGCCAAACUGUUUUCUGAGCCCAGCGAGCUUUCCACAAAACAACUGCGUCAUCCCCAUUCCAUGCCUCUUAAGACAAGGUUCAUUGACCAACAAACCUCCUCUCAUCGCUUACAUUUGGGGAGGGGCGGGGAAGCAGAGAGGGGGAAAGAGUAGGUGGGAAAAAUCCAUUUGGUUCCUGUCCCUAAAGGAGAAUUCCUCUCUCAUGCCUCUUUUGUAAAUAGUUUUAUCUUGAACGAUCAUCAAGUGACUCUUUAUGCUCUCGACACUGGGCUCAUUAAUCGGCCCUCUGCGUUAUCGGUUUUCCCUCUCUGAUCAGUUCUCAAGAUUUAUAUGCUGCCUGUUUUGGUGCAAGAGAGAUUUAUUUCUCCACUUCAAAUCUGGAGGUGCUGUGGCUUUUCUGACCCAGAUGAUGUAGCAGAAGACUUAAAACUGAAACAGCAGUGGGGGUUGUGGCUAGAAAAUAGAGAGGCACCCAGACUAGAGACUGGGAAACUGCGAAGCUUGUAGCACGUAGCAGAGACAUAGGCUGCAAACACACAGUGCAUUAAAGCACAUUACUUUCCCACAGGAUCCUGGGACCUGCAGUUUGUUAAGGGUCCUGGGGAUUGUCGCUCUGGGAGGGGUAAACAAGACCUCCCAGGAUUUUUUGGGGAAAGCCAUGUGCUUUAAAUGAAUGGUUUGUAUGCAGCCAUAUUCAAGCUGACCUUUUGGCUACAACAUCCAGACUAGUUUUUUACAAUGGGGGUAUUUUCCCUAGUCCUCCAUUCCUACCACCCACUAUUUCAUCUUGCCUGGUGAAGACUUACAGAGAACUCAAAAGCUUGCUGCUGUUUUGUGACAGUUUGGUGUGUCCUAAUGCAGGCCUUGCCCAGCUGUGGGUUUUGAUGUCUGGGAAAGGAUGGCUUUGGUUCAGAGAGUCAGGGAGAAGGAAGAGAGUCAGAAAGAGUGUUGGGACAUGAUGAAGACAGAAAGCUGCUGCGAGUUGGCUUGUUUUAAUGCCUGAGGAAGAUCACUUAAACUGAAUGCACACACCCACUUAUUCACACAGGGCACAAACUGCUGGACACUUUUUCUGCGCAAAUCCCACUGGACUGCACAAGAGCAUGGCAGGAGAGUGCGUUUCUGCCAAACGGAGGGCACAGAAUGAUCAAGUUGCAGACAGUUGGCCAAACAGGUCAAAAGUUCACAGUGCGAAGCUCAGGGAAUUGUUGGAUGGAAAACAGGAAAAGAUAACUCUAUUCAUAUUCUGUGCUUCUCUUGAAGAAUUUAGCAACCAAUCCUGGAACGAAGUUUCUUCCUCACUGAAGCUUAAGGCAAGCAUUUUGUUCAGUGUCUCCCUGCCAGCGCAGGGACAUUUGCCAAGCUGUUAACAGCUCGAGACAUCGCACACAUGUGGGAAGGGCAUUAAUUCAGCUCCGUGACAAACAUCUUUUUCUCUGGAACACUUCUCUGUAUGGGCAGUCACUUUCAAGGGAGAUUGCAAGGGUGGGCAUCUGUUCAAAACGCUGACCCGGCCAUUUGGGCAAUUGUCCAAAAGCAACUCAUCUUCCAUUUUUGGUUAAGAUCAUCCCAAAGGUUCUCUUGGAUACUUCCAAUUCCUAUAUGGAUGUAAAAAAAAAAAAAAUGUUUAGUAUGAAAAAAAUUAAAUGACACAUGCAAUCAACACUGGCGACGUACUCCAGAUCCCAGUUAAACCAAAGAAUCAAAGAAUCAAAGGCCUUGUGUACGUCAACAGAAAUAGUGGCGCACCUGCCGUAUAAACUGGCAUGGUUGAACAGUCAAUGCUAAUCCUUAAAGGAACUUUAGUGCUUGAAGAUCCUUUUCUUUUUAUGGAGUUCUGGGGCCACUCCAUGCUACUAAGCAUGAUUGCUAUGCUCUGCCUCCACACUUGGAAGGAGUAAUGCUUCUGAAUACUAGCUGCUGGAAACCUCAGGAGGGGACAGUGCUCUUGUGUUCAGGUCCUACUUGCAGGUUUCCCAGAGGCAUCCGGCUGGCCACUAUGAGAACAGGAUGCUGGACUAUGUGGACCAUUGGCCUGAUCUAGCAGAGCUUUUCUCACCUUCCCAUGACUCCCCCUCCCCUCCAGAGGUGUACACGUACGUGUGUGUGUGUGUGUGUUGGAGGGUGUCAGCUGUGAAGAGGCCAUACCUGUAUAAUAGGGAAUGGUAGUUCUUUGGGCAGACUAUGGAUCUUUAACAACUGCACUCAGCUGCAAUCUGCAGAAUAUUGUAGAGGAAAGCGAAAGCAGUUAAAUUGGUUUAAAAAAGUAAAUUGCAUUAGAUUGCAGACAUCACUUCCAUCAUCUUCAACUCAAGUACUUUUCCUUAACUGGGUUGCAACUCAGGCGGCUGCCCUCAAGCCAAUUAAUGACAAUCAGUCAUAUUUCAUUGUUUAAAACCAGAGGUUAUGACACUUGGAGUCAGAGUGACAACAGAACGCUAAUGGACCAUUUUAACCAAAAACAUCACUCAUCCACCCUGCAGGACCGUUGCUGCCGCAAGAUACAAUUACAUAUUAUAUAGAUGAUAAAUGACCAAUUUCCAUUCACUUUAUUAAGUGGGGCCUUCUACCAUCAAAUUUGCGUCACGUCCUGACCAUGCCAGUUUCAGGAAGUGUCAGCUGGUAGGCAGACGUAUCGUCACUCAAGUCAAUCAAUUUGAUUUCCUUUUGAUGCAGGAGAAUUCAGCCCUUAAAACUGGAUAUCUCCCAACAAUUCAUAAGCAUGCCUACUCAACAACAUUAAAGUCUCACAUCAAACAUAACCAAUCUAUAGAAAGCACUUUAUGAUAAUGGAAGUAGGAACAAUGUUUGUAGUAUUGUAACCUAAGAAAAUCCUUAAUAAUUGGUGUGUGUUUUUUAAAGCAUGCCUACUCCUCACAUUUAAGUCUGUGCUUAACAGCCGUGGAUGCUAUCAGGGAUGUCUGGGGGGUGGGAAAUUUUGUAAGUGUAUGAAAAAUUGUUUAUUUAGGAUCCCUAGACUAAAUUUCCAAGGUUCUUUGAGUGGAAGCUGUGGCAGCUAAACCAGUUUAUAUUGUUGAUAAAUAUAUGGCCUUAGAGCGCAUGAGGCUCUGUCUGCACUUUCACAAAUCUACGUUUCCCAACUUUGUCCCCUUCAACAGACUAGAAAGUUGGGAAAUAAGUACCCAUUUACAUAUAAAUCAACUAGCAUGGUACCGUGAGGUUAUAUUGUUCUGGCUUGCACUUUUAGAGGGUAGGCAAAAAUGGGCUGAUGACUCUAAUUUUGCAAUUAUCAAGUUACAUAAACAUCAAAAUAUUGCCUUUGGCUUUAGAACCACUUUUUAGCAUCACUUACAACACACCUAUGAAUGAUUACCUAGUCAUAUGUUCCAUUGAUCUCAAAGGGGCGUACUGCCUUGUAAGUUUGUUUAGGAUUACAGCUUUACUCAACACUCCUGCAUUUGUAAAUUUUGGUUUAAUGUUCUGGGAAGGGCUCUCAUCCUGAACAUGAGAUUACUGUGAGUUCAAGUGGGCAGACUUACUAAGGGACAAACAUCAGCAGGAGAGGGGAGGCACCAGUUGUUGAGAAAGAGGAAUGUAUAUGUCUGAGGUCUCUGAAUAUUCUACCUUGCAACGGCACUGGAGCUGUCAGUAGAGAAGAGUUUCUAUUAUACGCCUGUCAUUUCAGUAGACAGCAAUGCCUCAGCAGUAAGAUAAAACCUGUCAACACACCAAAACUGCUUUGAUCAGGAACAGAAGAUGUCAAGUGCGUAACAGAAAAGAUUCUGUCUCCCCCCCAAAGAUGUCAGCAGUUAGCUUGGCUCUACGCUGAAAAAUAGAAGGGGAAUGAAAGAUAGAAAAGGUAAAACAUAGGCGGAGGGCCAAUAUGAGAGAAAGAAGGAAAGAAAAAUGUAAGUGGGAAGUUGUAGAGUUUUUUGUGUGUGUUUUGAUGUUUCACAGACAUUAAAGUUUAUUGCCAAGGUCAGCAUUUCUGUUUCACAUCAUAUCGAGGAAGGUGGUGAAUAUAUUGCAUUUCUGCAUGCUCAGGUGAUGCAAGGGACUUAUAUCAGGAACUGCAGUUUGUGAAACUAGUAAGUUUCAAUUCAAGGUUGAUCAAAACUCCCUUGUCUGUCUCAUGAGAGCAGUGGAGGGAAUGUCAGUUUCCCUCCGUCACACAGAAUCACAUUCAGAUAUGUCACAUUUACAUUUGCUUUUUAAAAUAAUUUUUAUUAAAGAUUUUCCUCGUUUACAAAAGCACAUGCAUUGUCUCUUUCUUCAGGUUGUGUUUUCUACAGAUCAGUUACAUUUGUUGUAAGACAUUGGUGUUAUAUGCAGUAUAGGGUUGGGAAAAAGGAAGAGGGACGGGAGAGAGUGGGUGGUAAAGCUUAUGUUCUUUUACUUAGUGUAUGCAUGGGGCUUUGUGUCAGCAUCACUUGAGUAGGUUCUCUUUCUAUUCGCUUGUUAUGUUUCCUUGGUGGUGAGAGAGGUUGGGGUUGCCUAGGGUGUGGUUGAUUUGUUUGUGCGUGGGGGUGGGGGUUGUUUGGUUAUGUUAGCCAUAUUGAAUUGAAUCCAAGAGUUCUAUGGCUCCUUAAAAAUAGACACAUUUAUUGUGGUGCAAUACUGCCAGAGGUGUAAAAGUAGGCUCCACUUACACCUGACAUUUUGGCUUAGGUCAGUGAAUUACCUCCAGUUAGUAUUUAGAGCAUGAUUUCAACUAUCUAAAUACAGCAGUUAGCAAAGCUACAGCGGAUGCAAUUAUUUACAGUUGUGUUUAGGAGAACUUAGAAAACUGGAUUUAUAUUAAGUGUCCUAAAAAAUGUUCAUUUUUCUUCUUCUUUUAUGUUAUUAAAAUACAUAAUCAAGAAUAAAACAAAACCAUCACAGAAAACAGCUAUGAAAUAUUGAAGCAGAAUCAAAAAGGAGGCCAAAGACAUCAGUAAUACAUUCCAGUAUUUCAAUACAUUCCAGAAAUUAUAACAAGUCUAUAAACACCAUUAAUAUGGCUAUCCCUUAUGCUAGUUCCAUCUUCUGUCCUCAUCCACAGCAUUCCUCACAACGAGAAUCAGCCGUCACUUUCAGCAACUCUGACCUUCCCUCAGCUUAGUGCCCUCCAGAAGUUUUGGACCACAACUCCCAUCUGCUUCAGCCAACAUGGCAAAUGGUCAGGGAUGAUGGGAAUUGUACUUCAAAGUUAUCUGGAGGUUACUAGGUUGGGCAAGGCUGAGUAGAUGGCUCUCAAGGGCAAUUGGACUUGCCCUGCAUAAUUCUGCCUAUCAUUGGCCCCUUGAAUUUCCAGCUACAGAUUAGCACAAGUGGGAGAAGACUCCUGCUUGUAGGAUUUCUAUAAACAUCUGGUUCGCCAUACUGUGAAAAAUGAUGCUGGGCUAGAUCAGUGUUUGAUCUGAUUGAGCAUGCCUCUUCUUAUGUUCCUACCAUACCAGAACCCAUUCUCAGUAUGGAGGUAUGCAAGAACCUGAAGGAAAGAUUAAAGAGUGCAGGGUGCAUAGAAGCCACUCCUAGGGGCCAAGGUACCUUUGGCCCUCCCAGUAACAUAUUUGAGGUGGCGGGGGGGGGGGGGAGUUGAUGGGCAUUGCCAUUCAAAUGGUGUGUGCACACUGUGUCUUGUGAUUGAUUAUGCAGGGUGGGGCUUACCUGCCGGGGGGGCAUAUUUUAUUCAGGGUGUAAUUAAAUAAAGAAAACUAAAGAACAUUUGCUAGGAGAUAAAAACGGGGUAAGAAGAGAGCAUGGAGGUGCCAAUAUGAACUUGCGUCUUUCGGACUGCUUGGCCACUGGUAAACUGACAAUGUGUCACCUCACAUACUAAGGGAAUGGUUAUUAUAUUUGACUGGAUGCAACUCCUGAAGACAACCUCUCAUUUAAGUUUAGCCUCUCCACUUUAGCUGUCUCAGUCUGUCAUCCGGUAACAUUUUGUUUCAUGUCCAAUGUUAAAAAUCAGCCAUUCACUAAGCUGCCACAGUGCCUAAGAGCUGACAUGUCAAACAUUGUGUAACUGGCAAUUAACAUGUCCUAUUUACUUUGUUGAGGGAAAUGUGUUGGAAGAAAUGUUUCCCCAAGAGAAUAGCUUAGUGGGAGAAGUGUGGGUUGUUACUGUAUGGUGUUGGGGCACUCAAAGCCAAAUUGGAUGAGCUGUUGCCAGAAUACAGAUAUAAAAUGAUGACCUCGUUCUCUUAACGCACCUUUUGGGAAGCAACUGACUUCCAUAUUCAAAUGGUUCAUAUGCAAUGUUUUCUUUGCUUGCAGGCUGAAGGAUCUUAUGAGAAAAUAAGAGUGAAUUUGCUUAACUAUAAAGAAGCAUGCUUGAAAAUGUUGCAUGAGUCUGCAAUCAGCCCAGGUAAGAAAGCAACCUUCACCAUCAUCAACGCACAAAUAAUAGUUUGCGAAGCUUGUAGAAAUGUGUUGUGUCCAAAUCAGCAGUACAUGAACCUAACGUCACUGCAAAGCUUUCAGCUUGUGCAGUGGAGAAUUCAUCCUCCCUCUUUCCCUGCAAUCUAUUCUAGGGGCUCCCUCAACCCUGUGGAGCAGAUUUGGGGAGGGUGCAUGGGGGAGGGAAGAAAUGAAAGUCCCAUUUGCAAGUGGAAAUCCUUGAAUUGGUGGGAUGUGUUAGCUGAAUACUGCCCAGUGAUAGCUAAAAGAUCAUGAAUAGUAGGGCUUCUCACCAAAAUGGAUGCAAGUAUAAAGAGCAAGAAAUGGUGGAAAUUUGGUGAGUAGGAUAGGGAGAAGAAUGGGAUGUAUUUUACUGAAUAUGCUAAGACGGCAUAUUGCGGGAUCAGAACAGCUUUUGGAUCCUUUGGUGUCAAGUCACUUUCUCAGUCUCCCUCCACACCCCUGAAAGGCCCCCAUUUGGCCUCUACCAUCAGUUGGGUCAGGGCAAUGAAUGCUUCAUUGGCAGUGGGGAUGGGAAUAUUGGAUAUAUUGCCCCGAGAAUAUCAUUCUCAGGGCCUAAGGAUUAAACCCUUGGUAUCCUCAAUCUCUCAGAGGGAGAGGGAUUUGUUAUGACAUGUUCUUGUUUGUUUGACAGUCAACAGUAUUGUCAAAGCUGGUGCAGUGCAGACUGGGAGUGUGAACUGGAACAGAAGCAGUUCAAAUGUAAUCUCAAACAAGAACUUGCAUAGACAAGCCACUGUUCCUUCAGCCUUCAUUUUUAAUACGGUUGUGAUAAUAGUACUUUUCUACUACUACCUUAAGGUGGCUGUUUACUGAGAUAAUUUAUGCAAAUGUCUUGUUUGUUGUUGUUAAUAUUUACUGAACCUCCUUGGGAACAUCUUGUUUCAUUUUCUGUCAGUCAUCUUAAUUCAUUUCCUGCUGACAUUUGGUAUGAGGAUGUGAUCUGGCCAAGAUAAUAAUAUUUAUGUGUUGUCAUAAAAAUUACUGAGGUAUUCUGUAUGAAUGCUAUCAUCAUUAUUUUGUUGAUUAUUCAUUUCUAAUCCUUUCAACUAACCAUUUGGCCUCUUGGGAACAUCUUGUUAUAUUUGUUCUCACUCACCUACAUUCAUUUCCUGUUGAUAUAUGUGGUCAUGAUGUGGUCAAAAUGAUAAUCAGCCAGCUUUGUGCUUGUUUUGGUUGCUUGCUUCAGUAAUUUUGAUGCCUUGGUUCCAUUCAUGCCCCCAUCCCCAAAGUUUGAUUGAUAAAUGUUCUUGAGAACUUUGGUUGAAAUCUAAAUCACCAUCUAUAUCUAGCUGAAAUGCUUAUCUAAGUAGCACAAGUAGCAGCUUAGCACAAGGGUGGCUGCUGGUAUGCUUCACUGUAAGUCUUACGUUUAGUGCUCAAAGUGGCAGAAAAAGGAACGUAAGAGGGUUUCAUUUCAAGUUUGGUCAGAUUCUGUUAUGUCUGUUGCAAAGAAGUGGAACUGCAUCCCCUCCUGCUUUUGAGCCCUGCUUAUGUCAAGCUGUAAACUUCAUUUAGAGAUAUUAAUUUAAAUACUACAAGAUGCGCAGAGGUAUGUAUCUUAGGUGCAACAUCAAUAUGGCUUGGUUUGAACACACUGCAUUCCUUGGUGAUCAGUUGCCUGUAUCCUUUCGUGAAUGUUAAAAGACUCUCCCUCUCUCUCAGGAAUAUACUGCAAUGGGAGUUUUGAUGAAUUUGUUUGCUGGCCUCAUUCACCUCCAGGAAUAGUCUCGGUUCCCUGCCCACAUUAUUUACCAUGGAUAGAAAAUGGUAAGGCAAGACUUGGGAAUAUAUGCACAUUGCAAAGCUGUAAUAUAUAUGAGAACAUUUCUCUUUCCUUCUAGAGUUCUGUACUGGGUACCUUGUCGUGCAAAGAAACUGCUAACUGAGAGUCUUCAACACUGAUGGCGUAGGGUAGCUUCUUAAAGAAAUCAAAUCUCUCCUGACACAUACUCAGAAAUCCAAUUCUGCCACACUCCAUACAUAGUAUGAUGUAUGGAUUAUGAUGUACAGCCAAGGUAGAAACAUGAUUUCGUCAGCAGACUCCUACAGUAGUAAGGAGGAGACAAUAUGGGGAGGCAAGGAAGCAAGCAAGCUUUAAAGGAGCCAAUGAGAUCACACAAGAACAAAAGAGGGAAGGUGGCCAGAUUUACUUAAUCCCCCUUUGGAAUCUGCAGUCCUGAAUUGGUUAAUUAUACAAUAUCAAUGACUGCUUCUCAACCCCAAGCACAAAUAAUCGAAAGCAUGUAAGAUGGAAUUAAGUGAAAUACAAUCUUAUCCCUUGGGUUUAAACACUGACAGGGGCUUUAGAAACAAGGAAUUAGGAGAAUUUGACAGUGUUAAUCCAUUGAUAAAUAUUAAGCUUUCUACAGUUACCUCCCAAAUAAACAGACAUUACAAAGAGCCACAUACAUCCAGCCAAGUCUCCAUUUUCAGGGGUCUCUAGGCAAGUGAUGAAAGGAUGACGGCACUAAACCAUGUCUGAAAAAUGAAAUGUGUGGCUUGACCUUUGAGCCUGCGUCUGUUUACAUUUAGGAAGUGCAAGAAACGUAUACAGAAUCUGCUUGGACCAAGGGAUUUGGAAAAAAGUUGAAAACUCCACUGUGGUCUGGGAUAACCGCACUGAAUGUUCUGGGGACAGCCACUACCAGAGAAAAGUGAGUAGAGAUGCCUUUUUAUGGUUUAAUACAGUAACCUGCUUAAUCCCCUCUGGAAAUCCUCUUGAUCAAAUUGUUUCCACUGAGUACUUCACCUGAAAAUGGGUAGUCUGUGUGUUUAUUUAGAAGAGAGAAUUGGGUCAACUCAGGCUGGAUGCUUAGGUUGAGCACAUUCUUCCCCCCAACGUUUCUUGGAUUUCUGACUGCUGAGCUGGUUUGAAAAGAUAUGAGGAGAAUGAGUCAAGCCAUUAGAAGAGAGAGGCACUAUAUAAAUAUAAUGAGCAAUAAUUUUCACUUUCACCUUUUCUUCCAUACGGUACAUACAAAUUCAUAUGGGAAUCUGCACCUAUGACUAUUCCAGCCACAUAAAACUACUCUGAGAUGUAAUGAACUCUCAUGAGGAAUUUAGCUUUUUUUAUACACACACACACACACACACACACACACUUUCCACCUACUAGUUACGUAUGGAUAGGAGUUACAUGCACAUAAUAUGGAACUCUGCAAAACAAUGAGUAUAACCUUUAAUCUAGGUCACAGAUAGAGCACAUCUGGGACAUUUUCCAAAAUGAUUCACAGAAUGUAAGUGUGGAAUGUGGGAUGUAAUCCACUGGGAGCAGUCAAAUAUAACAUUCCUUGUUUUCCUAGAGUGGACAUGCAAGUGGAUGUUGGUCCAGCCAGUCGAACUUUCUGUUACACCUGGCUGGAGCAUCCUUCCUUGCAUGUGAUUAGUGGGUGGGCUUGACCUUUCCAGACCUGGUAAAAGGCCAAGGCAUGCUGCCACCCUCCCUCUUUUCCAUCUUCCUUUCAUCCUGUGAACUUCCUGGACUGAACUGCUGGCUGCCAGCCAAGCAGUCCUCCAGAUCAUCUCCCUUAUGGGGUAAACCUGUUUGUAUAUGUUUGUAACUUUAAGCCUAAAGCCUGCCUUCAGGGAUCACACUGAUCGUAAGUAAAACUACUUUUUGUUACUUAUGAAUAAGAGUGUGGUGUCUUUAUUCUUUUAGGAUGGAUUUAAAAGGGGAUCUUACCAGGAACAUACAAUUCAAUCUGAGGCAGAUUGAAUUGCAUAAUAGUAAGAGGUUCUAACGAGCCUGGAACCAGCUUUCUGCUGUGAGUAAGAAGGGGAAUGUAAACUCUGCUAAGUAAAGAAACUUGCUAACACAAGUUAGGAAGGAUAUUAAUAAACAAUAUAUCCUCUCCUGCCACCCUCAACAUUCCCCACAGAUGUCCAUCCAGGAGGAGGGAAAACAAAAUGGGCAGAUCAUCUCUCUCUCUCUCCUGGCUGUAUAAGCAGAAUGCACUUCCAUAUGUACAAGGGAAGGGGAAUUUCCUUUAACUGGCAGCACCUUAAGGUGUGGUGCUCUGGACGGCCUCUCUGGUCCUGGGAAUUUUGAGGGAAUGGGGACUAUCAAGCCUAGCAUACCUAGGUACCUUUGUAAGCUUACAAAGACAGCAUAAAGGAGAUCAUAAUUUUGCCAAAUUGAUUGCCCUCAGCAUCAGGUAACCAGAGGUUCCAUUUAAGUAAUGACUAAUAAUAGGUCAGGGGACGCGGGUGGCGCUGUGGGUAAAACCUCAGUGCCUAGGGCUUGCCGAUCGCAUGGUCGGCGGUUCGAAUCCCCAUGGUGGGGUGAGCUGCCGUCUUUCGGUCCCAGCUCCUGCCCACCUAGCAGUUCGAAAGCACCCCUAAGUGCAAGUAGAUAAAUAGGUACCGCUUUAUAGCGGGAAGGUAAACGGCGUUUCCAUGUGCUGCGCUGGUGCUGGCUCACCAGAGCAGCUUCGUCACGCUGGCCACGUGACCCGGAAGUGUCUCCGGACAGUGCUGGCCCCCGGCCUCUUAAGUGAGAUGGGCGCACAACCCUAGAGUCGGACACGACUGGCCCGUACGGGCAGGGGUACCUAAUAAUAGGUCACCACAAAUGUCUGAUAAACACAUCUGGUUUCCAAAACAGUGAGGGCUCAUAGGAAUGUUUAGAAAGAUAGGAGAGGAUAUGUUAAUUAGGUAUGAAUCAAGGCAAACAGCAAUCCAUGGAAAGCCCAAUUGCUGAUUGGCUCUGAUUCAGCAGUAAAAUGCAGGUUUUCCUGGGGAAAGCACCAAGACAAACAAAAAACAAAAAAACCACACCAUGCUUAGACACAGAGCUUUAAAGCCUGGACCUGUGCCUAAAAACAUGGCACAAAAUGAAGUCUGAAUGAGCCCUGAGUUAUGUGUUAGAGUGAUCUUCUACAGAUGAGAUGAGAAACCUGUAGUCCUCCAGAUGUUCUUGAAUUACAACACCCAUCAUCCCUGGCCACUGACUGGGGCUGUUGGAAGUUGAUGUCCAACAAAAUUUGGAGGACCACAAAUUUCUCAUUGCUGUUCUACAGAAUUUUCUCUCCUGGCUUGAUCUCUUUCCCAGACUUUACAUCAAUUUAACUCCUUUGCAUUUCUGUUGUUCUUAGGAUGAAGAACAAACAUUGUGGAUCUCCACCCUGUACAUUUAUACUGUGGGAUAUACUUUUUCUCUUGUUUCCCUUGUCUUAGCGCUUUUCAUACUGAUGCUGCUCAGGUCAGUAUAAUCUAUCUUUCAGUAAAACAUGGUGUUCUGGCAUUACCCAGUGGUACAUUUUCCAGUUGCCAGGUGCUGGGAUUUAGACCUGGGUUUGCAUUAUAAUCUAACAUUAAAUGAUGGCUGGUGUCAUCCUGGACAAAAUGAGAGAAACUUCCCUCUUCCCAGAUCAAUCAAAGGAUCCACUCACCUAAUAAUAAUGCUGAAGUUGCCCUGGUCAUACCACCCCUAUGAGACCAUGAAAUCUGUACAGUUUUAAUUGCAUUGUGUAUCAUGGCAGCUGAGAGGGAUAGAGUGGUGAUCAGAUGUUAUCACUGGGCCACCUGUUACCUGAGCAUUAUAAAAGAAGGCAAAAGAUUGCAUAAUGUAAGUAGGCCUUUGUGCAAGGAAUAAACUAGAUGUUGACUAACAAGCUUCCAAAUCUAAUGUUUCCUUUGCAAAAGUCUUGCAACAAAUGAGCAAUGCCCACAGGACAGAAUAAAUUAAUUGGACAUGAUUCCUACUAAUGCUUGCCUGCCUACUGAUUCUCCCCUGAAAAUGUUCACACAAGCAGUUUCUAACCCUCCCCAGCGAAGCAGUUGUGCUCCAAAACUGGCGAUGAACCCAGCUAGCGUGGAAAUGGCAAAGGUGGGUGGAAAUCUUUGUAGCCAGCAUGAGUUAAGCAUCCCCCUUCUGCUGAUCUUCUCCUGUAAGUGUUCCACUAGUCUCAGCACUCCCAUUCUUAGCAAAUUAUUGACUGGGAUGAGAGAUGUAUUUCCACCCUAAGUAGUGUUUGUCUUUUUCUGCUGCAACAUGAGGCCAUCUAAUAGCAAUGGCAGCAGUGAGGUCCUCUUGCUCAUCAGCCCUAUAGGAGGGACACACACACACACACACACACACACACACACACACACAAUUUUUUUUAUUUAGGAGCAGGCAUCCCCGGCUCUGCAGUUCUCUGCGGAGAGUAUAUAUUGUAAACCACGCAAUACCACACCAACUUUGCCACUGCCUCUUUCCCUUUCUUGCUUCACAGAAAAUGAGCAACAGAGAUGGGAGCCCCUAUACUCUUGGUUGUCAGGUGUGCUCAGCCCAGUGUGGGAUAAGACAGGAAUUAUGCUACUGGAACAACAUGCAGGCCUAGCUGACCCAAGUGUCCUUAGCACCCAUAGCCACUAAGCCCCCACCAGGAAGGAAGAACAUUUACAGCAGGGCAAGAGCAUGCUGUUAUUCAGAUCAGAAUAAAACCAGCUUCAGUGGAUUCUUAAGAGGAUGCUUCUCUUCUUCCACAGGAAACUGCACUGCACAAGGAACUACAUCCAUAUGAAUCUGUUCGUUGCAUUCAUUUUGCGAGCCGCAGGAGUUCUCAUCAAAGACAGAACAACCCACAGCACUUAUGUAUUUCUUUAUGUGGACUCUGAAAAGCCAAGUGAUCUAAAUGGAUGGAUAUCAUUCUCAAGUCCAGAGGUACGGCAUUGUUAAAAGCAAGUGGGUGGAAGAAAGAGCAUCUAAUGAUACCUGGAGUUGCUAUGUGUUCAUGGCUGAAUUCUGUAGCUGCAAAGCUUGCUAGAAAACUGUUGUUGAUUGAACUCAUUCAAAGCGUUGCAUUCCAUGCUGAGCAUCCUUUGCUAGCAAGUUUCAAGCUCUGCAUACUUUCUUUUGUAUGACGGUAACUGGCACACAAGUAUGAAAAUAGCUAGAAAAUUCCUUCGUUUAUUUAUUUAUUCAUAAAGCUUAUAGACUGAUUAUUAUUUUUACCAAAAAAAACUAAAGUGGUAUGCCAGUUAAAAAGCAGAUAAAACAAGACAUCUAAAAACAAGGUAAAUGGCAAGUUAAAACAACUGGAGGAACAAAAGAUGGAUAUGUCCAGAAGAUUUACACAAGUGUAUGCUGUCUUCCUCAGAUGGCCUGCAGCCAGCACAUACCACUCACAAUACAGAUGCAUUUAAGGCAUAAUUAUACUACUUUGACAGCCAUGGAUUGCAGGUAGUUUUUAGGAGAGCCCUUUAUGCUCCUCGCAGAGCUACAAUUGCUAGAGUAGUUUAACCAUCAAGCCUUCUUCCCAUAGAAUUCUGAGAACUUUGAGAUUGUACUUUGGCUCAUUUGACCCUGUUGGACUCUUGGGCCUUUGCAUUGCUCAUGCAGCAGAGACCAAGUUAGCAGCUUGUUUCGUUUGAAGGCUAGCUUGGCAGUGCAGAAGGAAGGUAUCUGGGCCCUGCUGCUAGUAUCCUCCAUUCAAGAACCACCCAGCCACAGAGCUUUGUAGUCAUUAACAUUUAACAAAACUGCUUUAGAAGAAUAGAGCUUUUCAAAUAUUCAUUUUGACUGACAAGUAUCUGACUUGCUUAACAAAAAUUCCACAUAUCUGUAUGUACCAAGCUGUAUUUUGAUAAUUGGUAGUACCAAGUUUUACUUUGCUGUUGACGGUUGUUCAAUAUUAACUUUUCUUCUCACUAUCUCAUUUCCACAGAAGUUGUUCCUAUGCAGGAUGGCUCAGCUUUUGAUGCAUUAUGUUGUUGGGGCAAAUUUCUUCUGGAUUUUAGUGGAAGGGAUUUACCUCCAUAGAUUAUUGGUAGCCACUGUGCUCUCUGAGAAACAUCUGCUGUUGAGAUACAUAUUCAUUGGAUGGGGUAAAUAUACAGAUUUUUUCCCCAGCAGCGCGUAUAGUCCACUGUUUCAGGAUAGGUUAGCAUCAGUCUAAAACCCAUGUCAUCAAGGCAGCUGCAGUCACGAAGGCCAUGUCUAUAUUGGAGAUAAGCCACCCCUCUCUAUGUCACAACUGCCCUGGGCCACCUUGGGAGGAAAGGCAAUAUAUAAAAGUACAAUAAACAGAAUAAAUAAUAAUCACCAUCUGAGAAAUGAUCCAAACCCUGCCCUGCAUUUUGACAUCAGAUUAUUAUAAGCAUACUCUUCUUUUAACUUUGUUGCUGCUUUUAGCUGCUCAGAGACUGUCCUUGGAUAAAGAGGGUUACAAAAAUGUAUGACUGAAUCAACAAGAGAAAAAAGUUGCUGUGAUCAAUAGCCUUUGCCUUGUACACAAAUUAGUAAUAUUCCCUCCCAUCCCUAUAUUCCAGCCACUCCAUUAUUAUUUAGUCCACAUGCACAACAACUGUUACAUAUUGCCCAUUGUGAAGUCACAUUGUUCCUGCAUCUCAAUUUUUCCCAGGUUUUCCAGUUCUGUUUGUGGCUUCCUGGGGAAUAACAAAAUACCAACUGGAGUAUGAGGGGUAAGUGACUGUUUCCAAAUGCUCCUCUGGCUUGGUUUGUUGCUUCAGUUUCUGCCAAGAUAAUAGAAGGCAUGGCCUGCUGGUUUAAACAAAGGUCUUCGGAUGGAUAUAGACAAACAUUUUGUUCUGUGGUGGUCAUUUGUAAACAUGCUGUGGAGAUGGUGAUCUAGAGUAUAUGGCCAGAUCGUGAUAGUGACUUUGCUAAAACACAUACACACACCCAAGCACCACCAGUUUCUGAUUUUCUAAUCCCCCUAUUAUUGAUGUUUAUGUGGACACAGUAAGAUCAGUCUUGUGAAUGGUAUAGGAAAGCUUAGCUGAUGUGGGCCUGAUCAGGACUUGAACAAGAGGCCACUGAGAACUUGAUACAAGCUGCUCUGAGCUUUUGAAAGAAAGAGUGGGAUGUAAGUAUAAUUAAUAAAUAGACCUCAUGCUACACCCAGUUGGUUCCUAAUGCUAAACCAAAGGAAUUAAGUGAAGUUAACCUGGCGUUUAGAUGCACCUAGUGGAACACAAAUGAGUCAUCAUCAUUUGCUUCAAUAGGUAUCAGUUGCUUAAGCCUCCAUUAGGAAGCUCAUUAUAAAAAUAAGAAAUUGCAUUACAGCCCACUAUGGCCACAACCAUUAGAAUAAUGGUCUUGUGUUAUGGGAAAAUGCAUGCCUUGGGAUUACUUGCUUGGGAAUGGAUUAUUGUAUACAAUUGAUUUUGAAAAAUGUAAUCUUGAUGAGUAAUCUGAUUAGUCCUCUUGGCAAAAAAAAAGCAACCAGGUUCGCAGGUCCUAUCCAAAUCUAUUUAAAAAUAAUGUGGCUUGCCAUUUGUGCUUAUGUGAGCUGACAGAAUAAUUUUGACUUACUUCCUAGAUGCUGGGCAACACAUCACAACAUGGCAUUCUGGUGGAUCAUUCGAGGGCCCAUUUUAUUUUCCAUUGUUGUAAGCAUCAUGGCAUAAAUUUGAUUAAUUCUUUAUACAGUUGUGGUGGUAUGUUUCUGUUAUAUUAUUUGCAAGGGGAAACAUCUGGUACACAGCAGGGUGAGACUGACUUGGCCCUUUCCAUGAUUUGUGUCUCUCUGUAUUUUACAAAAUAAAGACACGGGACUAACCCUAAAUAAUUUAAAGCAAGGAUUGAUUGAACAAAAAUGGCUGUGGAAGGCAUAAGGCAGGACAGGGAUUAAAGGUGGGGGAGAAGUUUGCAUUAAACUGUGAACUGACUUAAUCUGCACUUCCUGAAGCUAUACAUGGACUGAAACCAGCUUCAAAAUUCAGAAGAUCAGAAAAAAUGAGAACCAGAGAGUGUCCCAGAGAAGGAUAUGAGCAAGAUAGUCUUGGGAACAUGAACAGGCAAAUGCUUUUGCAUUUAUAUUUUUAAAAGAGAGAUUACAUGCUAUGAUACCCAUUCAAAUAAAUGAGAGCAUGUAAACAUGGAUGCAGGUAUUAUUUGUGUGUGAUACGUAAGAUAUUGGCAAGGGUACUUGUCCUUGGUGUUCUUUUCCAUCCGCUACUGAUGCUCCCUGUUCCAGCAACCAUUAAUAAAGAUCAAAAGUAUCUUGGAUCAAAAGCCUGACCUAAAGAAAGGGGUGGGGACAGAAUGAGCUAAGAGAAAUGGCAGGAAAAAUUGUCUAAAUGUGAUGGGUAGAAAAUCUCUAGAAACAAUGUCUUCACACGUUCAGAGGCUGCAAUACUAAACACAUUUACCUGAGAGUAAACUCAACUGAAUUUAAUAGGACUUACUUCUGAGUAAACAUGGUUAAGAUUGUGCUGUGAAUUGUUGCUUGUGGGUUAAUUUCUUGUGAUUGCCCCAUUGCUAGCCAAAUAAUGUUCAUUGCAUUUACUGAAACUAACCAAGAGAUGUGUUUCUUUGAAGGUUAACUUCUGCAUCUUUCUAAAAAUUGUGAAGCUGCUACUUUCCAAACUUAAAGCCCAGCAAAUGAGCUUUCGUGAUUAUAAAUUCAGGUAAAUAUUACAUUCUCAGAUUUGUACUAAUCUACUUAGCCUUCUACAGUACUUUUUAAACUGAAAGAAGAAUCCAUUGAUUAUGUUCCAGUUCAUUCUACACAAGAAUUUCCUACACGUCUAUUUUUCUUUGUUACAUGUGCUGGAGAGAGAGGUUUGGACGAGAUUCUAACUAUCUUGGCAGAGUUGCACAAUGGCUGAUUGCACCAGGCACUUUUAUGCUUGGUUACAUCUUACCAUGGGCAGCCUCAUCCACCUUUAAACAAGCAUUCACCAGGAACAUACUUAGGCUAGAAUAUAUCACAGUCAUGUUGUUUUGCACGUAGGUGAAUAUUUUACUUACAAAGUUUCAAUAAUAGUCAGAGAGCAUGUCUCUAUUGUUAUGAGUUGGGAGGCAGACCCUUCACAAUCUCUACAAUCAGUGAAGGGUUAGUAUUUGAGGAAACUCAUAAAUUCAUGACUUUAGCAAGGGCUGGAAACAAUACCAACUAGCUUUCUUAUGAGCCCAGCCUGGCAGUGGCUUGCUGGUGUUGGUCACUGAAGAAACAAAAGGCUGAUAAGCGCCUAGUUUGUUUAAUAAUGGUAAACUCACUAAGACAAUAAAUCUGUGUCUGGGCUGUACCACUUCAGGUGAAUUGUCAUCUCCAAAACAACCGCAACAUACUUAUGCCCAUAAAAUUAAUAUGUCAGGGAGAAGGUGAAAAGGUUAAGGCUAAUGACACCUUAAAGACUAGCAAGUUAGUUUACUAUGACAUAAGAUUUUAUGGAUAACAAUCUGCUUCUUCAGAAGAAUGAAGUGUUAUCCUGAGUUACAGGUACUUAUCUACAUGUUUGGAGGGCAGGGGCUGUAAGCAGUGAAGUCAGAAGGAAAUGAAAUUCGGCAAAGUACAGUCUAUCAUAGUUAGUGGUAAUACAUAGUACAGUUAAAAAGCCUUUAUUCCAAUUCAGUCCACAAGUGACAACAUUGAACUUCUUGAUAAAAUUGUAAUUCAACAAUUUCAUGUUGCUGGAGGUUUGACUAAAAUCCUUAAAUAUAUCCUUAAUUACAGGGGUGGGGAAACUGGCCUUCCACGUGUUGUUUUUCCAUAAUCCCUGACAAUUGGCCAUACUGGCUGGGAUUGAUGGCAGACAAACAACACUGGUAGGACCACAGAUCCACCACGCCUGCAUUAAUAUAUCAAUAUCUAUGUAUGAGGUUUGAUCAUUCUAAUGCUAGCACCAAAGAAAUGGAGGUGAGUGGAUAAUAUCAUGAUUCCAUUGAGAUUUCUUGAUGCAGUUUAUUUCUAGGAUUGAAUUCAUUCUUAUGGUUAUUUUUAUUUUUAGACUGGCAAGAUCAACCCUUGUGUUAAUACCAUUGCUUGGGAUUCAUGAGAUUGUCUUUAACUUCAUUGUGGAUGAAAGAAUUGAUGGUCUUUCCAGGCACAUAAAAGUCUUCAUUCAGCUGACCCUGGGCUCCUUCCAAGUAAGUUCUUGUGCUGGAAGGGGCAUUAUUUAUUACCACUAAUUAAUAAACAAAGGGCAUUAAUGAAUAUAUAUGAUGAAAUGAAAAGAAAUAAUAAUCUUCAUACUAAAACCAUAGACAGAGCAGAGAGCAAAAAAUCUUCAAAGAAAAAGACAACAUAGGGUUGAAUAUUACAACUAUUGUAAUAUAAUGCUUAUUUACCUGAGAAAGCGCCAAAUUGCUUGUGUAUAACUUUUAGACAUCUAGAGCCACAUCAGUAAACCAUGGUUGCUGGAAAUAUUAGUGAAUGAGGGAGGGAGGGAGCACUCUUUGAUAUAUGGUUCUCAAGAAGAACUCUGUGGAAAAUGUUCUUGAAUAUAAAUAGCUGGUAAGGGUUUGCAAAUGAAUGCUGGAAAAUUCGGGGAACAGACUAUGUAAAUUGAUGAGUUAGCUGAGGAAAUAGCAAUUCAGGAAACAACUUUCAGAAUAGCAAAUAUUAGAAAUUAAAAAUGAUCAUCACUCUUAAGACAUGUGGUAUACCAUAUUCUGUACUAUUCUACAAAUGCAAUAAAGAACUUUGCAGCUAGUUCAUUAACUAUUAAAUACAAAUUCAGAUUUGCUUGGGGAUUUGUUGGUCCCAAAGAAUGAGACAUUUGGACUAAGUAAAGAGUUGCCAUUAGUUCCAUUUUUUUCAAUGGGGAAUUAUGCAGUGUCUUUCAAUCUUCAUAUAUAAAUCUGCCUGAGGAGAAAUGUUUUGAGUCUUAGAUGUCCUUAAAUUCUUGCCAGCAGGAACCAGGUGCAAGAAGUCAGGUGUAUAUCAGUCCAAUAUGCAUGUUUCUUGCAUUACUACUUUUUUAGCAUGUCAGUACUAAGUGGGGUUGGGGGGUCAGCUACUGAGCUUUAGGAAAACUGGCUAAAUUUGAUACUGCUCUUACAAGGUCUCACAAUCACAUCCUUGGGAGGGUUAAGUUCACAAGCUAUACAUGUAAUUUUGCCCUAAACUUCAGUUGCAAUAUUUCCUGCACAACCUAAUGCGAAAUGCACAGAUUAGGUCAAAGUGAUAUAUUUCAUGGGACCAACCUUAGUGGUUUAAAAUUGCAAGCCUGACAUUUCCUCGAGCAAAAUUGUUCUAAGAAAAAUAGAACAGAGUUUUGGGUACUGGUGCCUCAUCACAUGAUACCUGAGAGAUAAAGGUGAUUUUUGAGCAAGGGGAAGUUAGUUGUGUUAAUGUUCAAUUUAGCAGCAUGAUGACUCAGGUUUCAGGUGUUUUCUAGGAACAAUAUUCUGUGAUUGCAUAAGCUUGUAGUUGAAUUGUACCUUGGCAAAUUUCAUCCAGAUCUAAUUUACCUUCUCUCUCUUUUCCCUUCCAGGGUUUCUUUGUAGCACUUUUAUACUGUUUUUCUAAUGGAGAGGUAAAAUAUCCUUCUUGACCUUCAUUUCUAACCACUUGUUUCUCUUGGAAGAUGUUGCAGAACAGACUGACUGGUGCAGCUUGCACUUUGUCCUGUGUGACGUUCUUGGUGGUCACCUGGCAUUUUAUAUCAGUUAGUAUAUAUUGAAGAGUUAUUCAGUUUUCCAUUGUGUUCCUUGCAGUAGUUGGAGAUAUCAUGCAAGGAACACAACCCCUUUCAGCUUGCUCCUUGAAACAGCAAUAUAGGGUACCUACUUGUAAACAGAUCAACUUGCAAUAAGCUGCCCAUGCAUGCCAGGCAAAAGGCCAGGAUGCUGCCCUUGUGCCUCUAAUUAUGAGGAGGGGCACCAGCCUGUCCUGAUGUGCAACAGAUUGGAGUAGAGCUGAGCCCAAAUGGAAGGGGGAACAUUCCAUUACAUGAAGGUUUUCAUUCUCCAGGAAGUGUUCUCCUCCCCUCUUCACUGAGGGCAGGGAGCAGAAACUGGUAGGAAGGAAGGAUGGCAGAAAGAUAUGUGGAGAAUGGGAGGCAGCAGCAUAAACAGGGUGAUAUUCACAAUAUUCAGCUGCUGCACUGUAAAAAACAUGAAGUCAUUUAAAUAGCAACUAUUCGUAAGUGCCUGUGUACGCUGUCCAAGAACAGUGGUACCUCUGGUUACGUACUUAAAUUGUUCCGGAGGUCCGUUCUUAACCUGAAACUGUUCUUAACCUGAAGCACCACUUUAGCUAAUGGGGCCUCCCGCUGCUGCCACGCGAUUUCUGUUCUCAUCCUGAAGCAAAGUUCUUAACCCGAGGUACUAUUUCUGGGUUAGCGGAGUCUGUAACCUGAAGCGUAUGUAACCUGAAGCAUAUGUAACCCGAGGUACCACUGUAUUGUGAUAACAUCAAUGAGAAACCUGCUCUCUGUAUAAAAUGCACACAGAGUUCUGUGGGAACACAUCAGGACAGUAAGGGGAAAGGUGUAAAGUAGAUCGGGACCUCUUGAAAGGGGCAUUAGGAGCAGGUGUACUGUGCUAAACACUGCAGAGAGGCCUAAGAUUGUACUUUGUGCUGCAGGUCUCAGAGUAAUUACUUGAGCAGUCAGGACUUCUGCCUGUUGGGUAGGUGUGGGGAAUGAACUCUAACUUCCACCAUCCCUGGCCAUUGGCUACGCUUGCUUGGGCUGAUGGGAGUUGGAGUUCUGCAAUACCUGAAGACCCAAAGAUUCCCUACUCUUGCUGUAGGGUAACCUAGCCACAGCAUACCUGAACUAAGAAAUUCUAGGCUUAUCUGAAAGGACAGAAGCCCUAGGACGGGUCAAGGAAGCAUUUAUACUACAUGCUGCAAUCCAUCUCAACUGUUCUGUUUGCUUUCCUUCCUUUUCCAGGUAAAAGCUGAACUGCGCAAGAAAUGGUCCCAUUUCUUGCUGGCAUCCCCCUUUGUCUGCAUGCCAUGCUUUCUCGGAAAGAACAUCAAGCACCUGGGGAGAUGUUCCAAGAAAGAGCAUUCGAACAAUAAUUGCUUCUCCCUGGAGGUGACUCAGCCUCAGAGCACACAAGUGGCAAAGCAGAGGACAGGCGGCAAAGCGGAGCUAAGCUUCGCAUUAAAGCAUAUUCCCAGAGCAAGCCUCUCAGACAGCAGUGAAGGAGAAGUCACAAUGGGGGAGACGACCGAGGAAGUCUUCGAAGAAAGCGAGAUUUCGAUUUGUAACAAAAGUAAAAAUUGAGAUACCUGAUUAGAUCAAUGAGGGAUCUUGCAUCAUGUGCCAUGUGGGAACCGCUGGAAGUAGGUGGGGGGGGGGGGAGCCCGUGAAAGAAAAAAAUGGUGAAAAUAGCUUCUUAGCGUUUUCCUCCAGGUUGACUCUUCCCAGGUAAUUUUUUCCCCCUGACAAAAUUAAAGUCAGCCAAGCCUGGUAACUGCAUGAAAAUGGCUUCUCCUUGGUCCUACAAGAACCAGAUAUAAAAUCAGGAAUAAAAGGAAUAGACUGAGCCCCUUGAAAGAGCCUGCUGUUUCUCUUAUGUUUCCCAACAUUGACUGCCACUAUUGGAGCCAUCAAUCUGAUCCCAUGGGAUUGCUCUGCAGCGUCUCAGAAAGGACAACCAUUGCUUUUGUGAUACUGCUAAACAAGAAGCUGAAUUCCAACAAUGACUAAAUGAACAGGAUUGACAUUUAGGAACGUGUGGGAUUGUAUAUAUUUAUAAGCACAUUUUCCAAGCUUUGCUGUAAAAAUUAUGAAAUGCUGAACGGACUUGUUUUUAGGGCACAGCUGCUAAUGCUUCUUUUAAUACAUGUAAUAUAGUUGUAGUUGUGGUUCUUUCUUCCAUUAUCCUACCAACAGACCUGCAAGAGGAGUCAUUAUUACUUCCACUUUGCAAAUCUAUUUUAAACAUCUUUAUACCGCCUCUUAACAGGGAGAAAACUGAUAUGACUGGAGAUGAAAAAUCUAAGAAGCUUCAAAGUCACCAGAUGGAAAAAAAAAAUGGGAGGGAAGCGGGGGCAACAUUACCCAAAUGCAUCUAUUUGUCAAACAGCCAGACAGUAUGGUGUGAUUUACAAAUUUAGGAUGAGUUAAUGAGAGAACAAGUGAAUAGGUAAGCAAGCAGAAAAGGGCCAAGCUAGAAUUUGCAACCAGAUCCAUGUAACAUUUUUUUCAAUAUAGCAUUUUUAUUUAAGAAGCAGCAGCCUGGGGAGUGAGGUGGAGGACCAAAUGGGUGGUGUGCUUGCUCCUUUUACCAGCAGCCAUGCCUUUCCUCAGAAUUCCACCAAGCUGCUUUUCUCCCCAUGGAGGAGAAAAUAUGGGUAACCCUAGGUCCACCAGAAGCUGCUUCACACCGUCUUGAAAUCACAAGCAACUGCUAAGCUAUGUACCCACACAGCUCCAGGCCUGCUGUGUUACCUGUUGUCAUUUUUAUUUCACAAGCUGUUGAUCUUACAUGUAUUUCCACAGUCUUAAAAAUGGGAAGCUGCCAAAUUGUUUUCCUUCCUUAUAUAUUGUACCCACUGUGAAAUCCAAAGGCUUGUUUUGUCACGUGUAAUUAGUUCUUAAUUUAUGUGCUGCUUAAUGUAAGCAGCAGUAUACAAGUAUAUUUUUAAAAAACAGUGAUCAAAUCCAUACAUAACUUUGAAAGGCAAGCGUUCUCUGCAAUCCCUCCUGCUGAGUCUCAGGAGGUGGCCACACCUAUAGAGAUGAGCCAUUUUCCAAAAUAUAUAUGUAGAUAAUAAUAAUCCUGAAGUAAAUAAAACUCCAGGACCUUAUCAAAGAUGGUUAUAGAUCAGCUAAGGCUAUUAUUCAAGAAACCUGGUUGAUAUACUGUCCAUGUCCUUGAGAGCGAUAAUGUGGCUUGGUAAAAUGCCAUUCAUUCUAGACAGUGCUUCUUGACAGUGGAUUUUUGCAGCCAUUUGUGCAAUUCUUCUUUUAAGACCAGUCGUCUUUCAAAGUAUAUUUUAUGGUACGUAUCCAGACUUCUUGCAUGAGGGUUGCUAUUAUUUCCUCGUAAGAUGUUCUAUGUUUUCAAAUGUUCUGUAGGAUUCCAUUGACACAAAGACCCUGCCCUUUAUGGCUCUUUAACUCUUUUUAAAACAAAAUUUCAGCUGGCUU